AUGUCUAGCUCUACCCAAUUCCUCUACCAAUUCACUUCGGUGGACAUCCUCAACACAUCACUGAUCGAUGUCCAUACCGGCGCUUCGACAUACCAAAUCGUAACAAGUCCAGAUAUCCCCGAAGGAUCGUCUUCAGAGAUAACCCAGCUAUCACGGUCGGACGAGACUUCUGCAGCCGGGUCGGAUGGGGAGCUUGACGGCGCUGAAGUACCAAAACGGCGAACGGUGAUAUCUGAUGCGGCGGGAGACGUCGUCUGCGAAAUCGCAUGGAACGGCCGGAUACCCGACAUCACGCUUGGUGAUGAAAAAGUCGGGCCGUUGAAGCAGCUAUUUGGCUCGACUGGUGUUCCUUUCCGGCAUAACGCUCUUACGAUACCCAGCCGGUUCAACGCUGAUUGUGUUUGGACUGCUACCCCGAAUUCACUAGUUCUUUACGAUCAUAACUCAGAAGCAGUUAAAGGUGCUUUCCACCACAACGUUGUUCGCCCUACAAAAGGCCACCUCAUCAAGGCGCAUAUCCCGGGGCUUGGGCAUAAUUACCUGUCCUUUACACAACAUGACUCUAUUUCUCCUGUGGAAUUCAUACUUUCAUUUAUAAUGCUAGAAAUAGUUCGGCGGGGCCGCUUUUUGCUCACUCCAUAUUCCUUUGAACGCCCCAAGCAUCAAUGGGAUGCUCGGGAUCUUAUCAUGCGGCGGCUUAGACGGAGUACUAUUUAA